GGAAGACUGGAAGAGUAGCCUCUUAUGAGAGAGAGAGAGAGAGAGAGAGAGAGAGAAAAAAGUGAUUUGAAAAGAAAAAAAAAAAAAAAAGAGUAUGAGGAAAUAUUCUCUAUAACUUUCAUGUGUUUCUUUUGGUUUUUUCUUCCUAGAUAUCAAACCAAGGGUACUACCACUAGCCCAGCUCUCACUCUCUCUCUCUCUCUCUCUCUCUAGCAAGAAUAAUCCCAAGUCUUGUGAACAUUUUCCGGUUUGUUUUCGGGGGGGAUUUCUUGUUCUUUAGCCACAAUCUAAACAGCUCCAGAUUCUGAAUACCACCAAGAUUUUCUUUUCGCAUCCGUUUGUUUCUGCCGAAAUUAAGACCCCCUAUCAAGCUCCUUGGUUGUUUCUGCUUGUUCUCUUUAGAAUUUAAAUCCAUAGUACUCUCAGAUGCAGAUGAUGUUGUCCGGUGGUGGAGAUCAUCAUCAUGUCUUCUCAAUUCCCUCUUCCCUCAAAGGGUUCUCUCAAGACCCAGCUCACGAUUCAAACCCUAACCCUAAAACCAUCCCCAAUAAUAGUACCGCCGCCAAGAAGAGGAGAAAUCUUCCGGGAACUCCAGAUCCAGACGCAGAGGUGAUCGCUCUAUCGCCAAAGACGCUGAUGGCCACGAACCGCUUCGUGUGCGAGAUCUGCAACAAAGGGUUCCAGAGGGACCAGAACCUGCAGCUCCACCGGCGCGGCCACAACCUGCCGUGGAAGCUGAAGCAGAGGGCGAAGACGGAGAUCCCGAAAAAGAAGGUGUACAUAUGUCCCGAGACGGCCUGUGUGCACCACGACCCCGGCCGGGCCUUGGGCGACCUGACAGGGAUCAAGAAGCACUUCAGCAGGAAGCACGGCGAGAAGAAGUGGAAGUGCGAGAAGUGCUCGAAGAAGUACGCCGUGCAGUCGGACUGGAAGGCGCAUUCGAAGACGUGCGGGACGAGGGAGUACAAGUGCGACUGUGGCACGCUGUUUUCCAGGAAAGAUAGCUUCAUCACCCACAGAGCAUUCUGUGAUGCCUUGAAUGAAGAAAGUGCGAGAAUCGCUUCACUUCCUCCUCCCAAUCUCAACUUCACAAAUGAUCCUUUGAAUGAGGGAAUGACCAACACCAUUUCCCAGCCAAACUUACCACCCGGGAUGGCCGGAAUGUCCCAAUUCGGUGGAGGUUACCGGCCAAACUAUGCCGGAAUGGGGGCCGGAGGAAGUUCCCUAAUGAAUAAUGAGCAGCAGAAGCCCAGGUUGUCACUUUGGUUGGAUCACCAAGCGAAUUCUCAGCUCAAUCCCAUUGACAUGGCAAUGAAUUCCAAUAACCUGUCUGAUAUUUUCCAAAUGGCACAAUCCAACCUGUUUGGAUCCUCAACGAUGCCGAAUUUCGGCCAACCCAAUCAGUCAAAUUGGGUUGAGAAAAACGUUGCAGCCCCGAAAUCGGCGAAUCUUUCACUUUCUGGAGGGGUGAGCAAGGGGUCGACUACCGUAUCCGAUCAGACACUGGCUUCCAUGUACUCUGACACCCAAAGCCACCGACCCAAUUCGCCUGCGCCACCAAUGUCUGCCACCGCACUGCUGCAGAAGGCGGCGCAGAUGGGGUCCACUAGAAGCAACCCAUCAAUCAUGGGCAACAGUUUUGGAGUAAUGAACUCGAAUUCUGCGAAUUCAAACAGUACAACAUCUGGCUUCAAUGUUUUGGUGUCCAACAAUGAGGCCAAUUUACCAAUGGGGGGUUCCAGUUUGAGCUCAUUAACUAGUACUACUGCAUCAAGCAAUUUGGAGCAGUUUAUGAUGCAGAGUGGCGUGGGUCAAGGCAAUUCAGUGGUUCCUUUGAAGUUGAAUCAGGGUUCGAACCGGGGCGAAAACGGCCCGACCAGAGACUUUUUGGGCGUGGGUGGUGAAGGUGGUCGUCGAUUCUUGCCACAAGAGCUAGCCAAGUUUGCUUCAAUGGGCGCGGCGGCCAUGGGUUUGGGCCAUUUCACUAGCAACCAUUGAACCCGGAAUCGUCUCGGCUCGUAUAUAGAAUUUGGUACGGGAUUCUCUGUUCCCAAAUAUCUCCGUCGCUUUUGUUUGAAUGCAUUGAACCUCUGCACUAUCGUUUCUAGGAGUACAUGAUUUUCACGUUACAACAUAAGACGGGCGAUUCAAUCGCCGCUUGAAUAUUUUGUUCAAAUCGACCCAGCUCAACGGUCACGUUAAGGGUUUGUCCCUCAACACUCUUAGUACAACCGACAUUGUUCGAGCCGGCCUAUGUGUAAAUUGCUACAAUGCAUUGCUACAAAAGAGCGAGCGAUAUUAGGGAACAGAGAAUCCAUGGCCCGGUAAGUCUGCCAAUUAACCGCUCGCAAAGUGAGAUUACUCACAAUCUUGAGGUGAUAAAUCACGACCCUGGGACAAGGACACGAGAUCUUCCAAGUUUUCUCGAUAUCACAUAUUUGUAUGCGUUCCACCCACUCUCGUGCUUUUCGAGAAAAUAGGGAGGGAGAGGGGUCCAAUUGGGAGAAGGUGAGGGGCCCAAGUGGAUGUCGGAGUUGGACAGAACAAUGGAGACUGUGGAGGAGUAUUGCAUGUUGUUUGUUUUCUUGUAUUUGGUAGUUUAUCUUUUGGGCAUGUGGUCUCUUAUCUUUACGUGGUCAGACUCUUUUUCCUCUUUUUGUCUAUCGGAAAUCAAGAGCACAGAAAACAACGAGAGAUUCGUUGACUCUUGUGCCAAAUUAUUAUUUCAUUUUACACUCC